AUCUCUCAACCCCACUUAUCACCGAAUCAAACAAGCAGAGGAAACAACAAUGGGAAGCGUUUCAGAUUUCUUGUCUAAGCUCUACACCAUUGCCAUCUGCUUGUUCUCCAUCUUCGUCAUCGAAGUAACCAUCCUCAUCCAUUCCCUCGCACGUUACCCUUGGCGGCGCGUCCAGAGACUCGCCUCCGGAAUCACCGCAAGCACCACCUUAUUGGCUCUCAUCGACGCCCAGCAUCCGGCGAUCCGUUACUCCGGCGGCGGUGAAUCGAAGGAAUGCGCCGUGUGUUUGACGAGAUUGGAGGACGGAGAUCAAGUCAGGGAGCUGCAAUGUAAGCACGAAUUUCAUAAAGAUUGUUUGGAUCAGUGGUUGAAGAGAGAACAGGUGACUUGUCCGCUGUGCAGAAGGUAUGUGUUGCCUGAGGAAGUUGUGUUCGAACACAAACAAUUGAGAAGCGAAGAAGAGUUAUACAGGGAAGAGGCGCAGCUUGCGUUCAUGAUCUAUUCUAUGUAUGGUGGUGGCUUACAUAUAACGCCUUCUGGAUGAAA